AUGUAUAAUAAUUAUAAUAUACGUUUUACGGAUGCUUGUGAUAACGUACUCGCAUCAAUAGAAAAGGCUGUGAAGGAGUUCAAUGAAUCACAUGAACCAAAGAAGGAUGACUUGGAUGAUGGACAAUCAUCCAUUGUUAUAUUGGAUGUUGGUGGAACAGUGUUCAAGACGGAGAUCAAGACAUUGAGAUCAGUGAAAGGGUCAUACUUUGACCUGAUGUUCUCCAAGAGUUACAAGCCUAAGAUCAUGGAUGGUACAACAAACACAUACUUCAUUGAUAGGGAUGGUACUCACUUCAUGUAUAUAUUGAACCAUCUAAGAGGAAACAAGUUGGUAGUACCCAAUGAUUUGAUUAAUUGUGUAGAGGAAGAGAUGAGAUUCUACUCAAUCAAACCUACAGCACCAGAGAGUAUUAUGAUUACUUCUAAUCAACAAAGAAUAGUUUUGGAUUGGUGCAAUAACAAGUACUCAAAGAUGAAACUUAUGUACAGAGCCACCAGAGAUGGAUUUGGUGCAAGCAUGUUCCACCAGAAGUGUGACAACAAUGGUCCGACUGUGUCUAUCAUCAAAUCAACCGAUGGAAGUAUAUUUGGAGGAAAGACAGAUACCAAUUGGUCAAGCCCUUCAGCUGGGACAUAUGGAGUUGAUCCCAAUGCAUUCUUGUUCUCUCUGGUGAAUAGUCGAAGAAAUUCUGAACCAGUUAAAUAUCCAUGCUCCAGCAGUACCUGCUCGACUUACAACAAUCCACCUUAUGGACCAACUUUUGGAGGCGGCCAUGACAUACAUGUCUCUGACAACAGCAACCUCAACCAAGGAUCUUACCAAAACUUCCCUUACUCAUACUCUGGCACAACUGUACAUGGCAGCACCACAUUUGCAUCCACCAAAAACUUCACAGUUGCAGAGAUAGAGGUAUUCCAACUUGUC